AUGUCUGCCUCCUCAAACCACUACUGCAACCUCCUCAAGCUCUGCUGCCAAUCCGGCAACCACUCCCAAGCCAAGACCAUCCACUCCCACAUCAUCCGAACCCUACCGAGCCCCGAAACCUUCCUCCUCAAUAAUCUCAUCACCACCUACGGCAAACUCGGCAACCUCAAAUACGCACGCCAUGUGUUCGACCAAAUUCCCCACCCAAAUCUCUUCUCCUAUAACUCCCUCCUCUCCGUCUACUCCAAAUCCCGCCGCGUCUCCGAUAUGCAAUCCCUCUUUAACUGCAUGCCGAGCCGCGACGCCGUCUCCUGGUGCUCCUUCAUUGCUGGCUACGCCGGCUGCGGCAUGGUUGCCGACGCUGUCAAGGUUUAUGGGCUGAUGUUGAGAGACGGGGCGGGUAAUUUGAGCCGCAUUACGUUUUCGACAAUGCUUGUGAUGUGUUCUAGUCAGGGGUGUGGGGAUUUGGGGAGACAGGUUCAUGGGCAUGUUGUGAAGUUUGGGUUUGAGGGUUAUGUGUUUGUGGGGAGUCCUUUGAUUGAUAUGUACUCCAAGGUGGGGAUGCUUCUUGAUGCGAAGAGGGUGUUUGAGUUGAUGCCGGAGAGGAAUGUGGUGAUGUGUAAUACGCUUGUUACUGGGCUGUUGCGGUGCGGGAUGAUUGGAGAUGCUGAGUGUUUGUUUGGUGAAAUGAGUGAGAAGGACUCCAUUUCGUGGACCACGAUGAUUACUGGACUGACACGAAAUGGCACAGGCAGGAAAGCGCUUGAAAAGUUUAGGGAAAUGAGGUUGGGAGGUUUGGGGAUGGAUCAGUAUACGUUUGGGAGCGCAUUGACUGCUUGUGGGGGGCUGUUGGCUCUGCAGGAGGGCAAGCAGGUUCAUGCUUAUGUUGUUAGGACUGAUUUCGUGGAUAAUGUGUUUGUGAGUAGUGCUCUUGUCGAUAUGUAUUGCAAGUGCGGAAGCAUAAAAGCUGCGGAGACGGUUUUCAGGAGGAUGAGCUGCAAGAAUGUAGUAUCGUGGACUGCGUUGCUUGUUGGUUAUGGUCAGAAUGGGUAUAGUGAAGAAGCUGUUAGAGUUUUUUGUGAUAUGCAGAGAAGUGGGGUUGAACCGGAUGAAUAUACGCUGGGAAGCUUGAUUAGUUCAUGUGCUAACUUAGCAAGCUUAGAAGAAGGUGCUCAGUUCCAUGGUCAAGCUCUAGUUUCGGGCCUGAUUUCUUUCACUACAGUUUCAAAUGCACUUGUUACCUUAUAUGGUAAGUGUGGAAGUAUCGAAGACUCCCAUAGGCUGUUUGAUGAGAUGAACAUCCGGGAUGAAGUCUCCUGGUCAGCAUUGGUUUCAGGGUACGCCCGGUUUGGAAAAGCCAAUGAGACAAUUGAUUUGUUUGAGAGGAUGUUGGCCCAUGGUUUGAAACCUGAUGGAGUUACUUUCAUAGGGGUUCUCUCAGCCUGUAGUAGAGCAGGGCUAGUAGAGAAAGGACAUCAGUAUUUUGAAUCAAUGACUAAAGUACAUGGAAUUACACCGAUUCUUGAUCACUACACUUGCAUCAUUGACCUUCUCAGCCGAGCUGGAAGAUUAGAAGAAGCAAGAAGCUUCAUAACUAAGAUGCCUAUGCGUCCUGAUGCAAUUGGUUGGGCCACAUUGCUAAGCUCAUGUAGAUUUCGCUCAAAUAUAGAGAUUGGAAAAUGGGCAGCUAAGUCUCUUCGAGAAAUAGAUCCCCAGAAUCCAGCAAGCUAUGUCUUGCUCUCAAGCAUCUAUGCUGCUAAAGGGAAGUGGGAUGAAGUUUCUAAAUUGAGGACAGGAAUGAGAGAUAAGGGGAUCAGAAAGGAACCAGGAUGCAGUUGGAUUAAAUAUAAGAGCAGAGUACACAUCUUUUCAGCAGAUGACCAGUCAAGUCCAUUUUCAGAUCAGAUAUACGCUGAGCUGGAAAAACUAUAUCCUAAAAUGAUAGCAGAAGGAUAUGAGCCUGAUGUGAGUUCAGUUCUCCAUGAUGUUGACGAAUUGCAAAAGAUGAAGAUGCUUAAUUACCAUAGUGAGAGGCUUGCUAUUGCCUUCGGAUUGAUAUUUAUUCCUUCUGGCCUUCCAAUUCGAGUUGUUAAAAACCUUAGAGUAUGUGGGGACUGCCACAAUGCCACUAAAUAUAUUUCCAAGAUCACCAAGAGAGAGAUUCUUGUAAGAGAUGCUGUCCGCUACCACUUAUUUAAAGAUGGAACUUGUUCAUGUGGAGAUUUUUGGUGA